UCUUGUCGUUAAUUGUGGACGAAGGUCUCAUGAAUGCUAAAGUCCUCAAGGGACUUACAGACGCUGACUUCAAAAAGUUUGAGAACAAGAUAAACAUGGGUCAGUGGAAGACUCUGAAAGAAAAGUGCGGAAAUAUAACUUUGACAACACAAGGUUCUGGUCAAAUGAAUGUUGGGGCUGCUUCUCCUGAUGAUCCAUCUAUGACUUUGCCAAAACAACAUGUUGGUGCAGUAAGUGCUGAAGGUACUGCUCCCGCUGCUUCUCAGUUAGCUAGUACUUCUGCUGGUCAUGCUGCUGAUUCUCCUGCUAGUCAUUCGGAUGAAUAUCAGGAGGUGGAUGAAACAAGUAGCCUUCUUGGCUACAGAGGGAUGCAGAUGACAACUCUUAAUGCUCGAUCUGCUUCUUAAAACAGUGUCAUUGAAAUGUGAUAAUUUGUUCAAGACUUCAUAGCAACGAGGAAAACUGUUGGGGUUCCAGACCCGUAGAUUUUUUCUUUUCUGACAAAAAGAUUAUACUAUUUUAUGUCUUUGUGUUUUACUAGAUAUGCUUCGUGUAUUCAAAAUACACACUCUAUAACAUUUUAAUCAACUGUAAUACGCAUACAUAACCGAUGUUAAUUUUCAAGUAGAUGUGUAGACACGAUACAGUUAGAUUAUUUUCUAUUUUUACGUUGAUGAGUGUAAUUAUGCUUAGUUUUAGUCUCAUAAUUCAUAAUUUUCUAUUUCAUUUAAAUC